UAUAGGAGAAUUCGCGAGAUGCACAGGAGGGGUGACCAGUCGCAACCCGAGAUACCUGUCCAUACUGAGCCUUUCGAAGAUGGUAACGCCCUUUUUUCUAUUUCUACCUCCACUGUUUCCCGCCAGAUUAACAAAUGGUUCGCAGUUUCCGCUUGGAAGUGGUGUACCAAUGAUGAUGACUGUGGAAUCUGUCGCAAUCCGUUUGAGACAUGCUGCGCGGACUGUAAAGUCCCCGGGGAUGAUUGUCCUCUCGUGUGGGGUCAGUGUAACCAUUGCUAUCACAUGCAUUGUAUCAUCAAGUGGUUGAACAGUCAGCAAGUUGCCCAGCACUGCCCACUCUGUCGUCAGGACUGGCGUUUUCGCGAAUAG